CGCCGGCGCGUAGUUGGGGACGCCAGGCCGAGGGUUUUGCUAGGGAACCGACUGUUGUUUGCCCCGCCCCCUCGGGGCUUUUUGUCCCGUUAACUGUCGGAGUGCAGGGGGCUCCAGCGCCGGGCGACAUGCCGGUGCGCUUCAAGGGGCUGAGUGAAUACCAGAGGAACUUUCUGUGGAAAAAGUCAUACUUGUCAGAGUCCUGUAAUUCCUCAGUGGGGCGAAGGUACCCAUGGGCUGGACUUAGAUCAGAUCAAUUAGGAAUCACGAAAGAGCCAAGUUUUAUUUCAAAAAGAAGAGUCCCUUGCCAUGACCCACAGAUUUCAAAAUCUCUUGAGUGGAAUGGGACGAUCUCAGAGAAUGAUGUGGUUGUAUCACCACAGCCUGAAGCCCCAGAGACACCAGAAUCACAAGAGGCAGAACAAAAAGAUGUUAACCAAGAAAGAGUUCUUGCACUAGAAGCCUCCAGGGUUCCCAAGAGAACCAGAUCUCACUCUGCAGAAUCCAGAGCUGAAGGGGCUUCAGAUAUUGUGGACAAUAAUAAGGAUGUAAUAGCAAACCAUAUACCAGUUAAUGAAAAUGUGGAACUGGAAAAUUCUACUAAGCUUCUCUCCGAAAACAUAGAUAAUAAGUUGGAUAGAUUUCUGCAGAAGAAGGCUGGAUUGACUGUUGUUCCUUCACAUAGUGUCUUGAGAAAUUCUGAAUAUCAAAGGCAGUUUGUUUGGAAGACCCCUAAAGAAACUGCUCCAAUUUUUGCAGCCAAUCAGGUUUUCCACAAUAAAAGCAAAUUUGUCCCACAAUUCAAAGGUAACUCAAUAAUCCAUGAAACGGAAUACAAAAGAAAUUUCAAGGGUUUAUCUCCGGUGAAAGAACCGAAAUUAAGAAAUGAUUUGAAAGAGAAUGGACAUUUUGAAAUAGUAUCUCCUGAAAAGAAGUGUAAUAAAACAGACGAUUCUUUAAAAUUAGAAGCAGAGAUGGAAUCAAAAGACUUAAACCAGCCUAAAAAGAAGUUCACUCCUUGGAGACAUCAAAGGCUUGGGAAGGUGAAUUCUGAAUAUAGAGCAAAAUUUCUGAGCCCAGCCCAGUAUUUAUAUAAAGCUGGGGCUUGGACACGUGUGAAGGAAAAUAUACCAAAUCAGGGUUCUCUAAAUGCAAUGUGGUAUGCAGAGGUUAAAGAACUCCGAGAGAAGGCUGAAUUUUAUAGGAAACGAGUUCAGGGAACACAUUUUUCUCGGGACCAUCUGAAUCAGAUUCUGUCUGAUAAGAACUACUUUUGGGAUGUCUCCUCGACCACAAGCUCAGAAGGAACUAUUAGUAGUAACAUUAGAGCACUAGAUCUUGCUGGAGAUCCUACAAGUCAUAAGAAUUUGCAGAAAUGUUCUUCUACAAAACUAGAAGAAAAAAGACCUGUCUUGGAAGAACAGCCCCAGAAAAAUAUCACAGGAAAAUUGGGCGUGUUAGAUGCUCCCACUGUACCUGUUAGAAGGCGUUUGGCUUGGGAUGCAGAGGACACCAAUGCAGACUUACAAAAACAGCCAAGAGAAGAGGAAGAGGAGGAGGAAAGGGCAAGGGACAAGCAGGUUUAUAUGGGAGAGUUAGAGAAGUUGCAAGUACAUGAAAAAUCUAAGGCAGACAAGAUAAAAGAAGGGUCAGAGUCUUCUUCUAUAUCUUCAGAAAAAGGAGGUAGGCUUCCUACUCCGAAGCUGAGAGAACUUGGUGGAAUCCAAAGGACACAUCACGAUCUUACCACUCCAGCUGUUGGUGGUGCUGUUUUAGUGUCUCCAUCGAAAGUGAAGCCUUCAGUCCCGGAACAGAGGAAAAGAAUGUCUUCUCAGGAUGGCUUAGAAACUUCAAAGAAGGAUUUUUGUAAGAAAGAAAGUCAUGCAGUAGCCCUCAUGACUUCUCCAGCUGCUGGUGUAAAAACAGUUGAUCCCCUGCCUUUGAGGGAAGAUUCUGAAAUCGAUAUCCCCAAAUUUGUUGAAGCAACUCCUCCCGUGUCAAAAAUUCGAGGAUAUCCGACAAACACUCCUGGACAGUCUCCUUCUCCACCCUGUGCUUCGUCCUACUGGCAUCCCUCUCGUCGAAUCCAGGGCUCUCUGAAAGAUCCAGAAUUUCAGCAUAAUGUUGGAAAAGCAAGGAAGAACAAUUUCCAAUUACCCCAGCAUGAAGCCUUUAAUGAUGAAGAUGAGGACAGAUUAUCUGAGAUUUCUGCUCGUUCUGCAGCUUCUAGUCUCCAGGCUUUUCAAACUCUGGCACGAGCUCAGAAAAGGAAGGAGAAUUUCUGGGGCAAAACAUAAUUAAACAUACACCUAGCUAAGUUGCUUUUAUCUAGGGAACCACUGGCACAAUUUUUCUUUAUAAGCUUUACUAU